CCACGCCGCGGCGGCGGCUGCAGCCGCAGCCUCCAUGGGGAUGGAGUCCUCGGAGCUGGUCGCGGUCGCCCAUUACCAGGCGCAACAGCUUCAGCGGCAAUUGUUGGCCGAGCAGUCGGGUCCGGGCGGCAUGUUGCCGCCGGCUGCUCAGCCUACUGGUGGAGGCUUGACGCAGUCGCUACAGCAGCCGCAGCAAGCUCAGUCUCAGGGCCAAGAUCCGCUGCAAAGCCUGAUGCAACAGCUCAUCUGUUUGCAACAGAUCGAAUACUUUUUCGCACAGCGUGGUCACAAGUGAGAAUUCGAUUCGUCGCCGACCGAGGAGAGGAUUGAUGACGAUCGUGCGAGGAGGAAGAUGUGAUCGGGUUUCCCUUUUUUUUUUUUUUUUUUUUCUUUUUCUCGAGAGGGGAGUGACCAAAAAUUUCUCCCCACUCUGGCGAGAUGGAACACGAGGGGGAACUCUCCGUGAUGAAGACGAGAAAGUGGAGAAGUGCGCGCCUACGUCACAUCGACGACGUUUAGACGACGACUUCGUUCGUGUUUUACGACCAUGAUACUUUAAAUAACACGUGUUGUUGUGAUCCACUCUGUUCGAGAUACGCUGUUAUUAAUUUUCGAGGCUGAGAAUGGACGCGCAGUUUUCCGUUCGAGGUUUUUCCCGAUACGCGGAAUACACCAGGUACUACACAGUACGAGACGCAAAAUAUAUACGUAUGUGUAUACAUGUAUAUGUAUGUAUAUAUGUAUAUGUAUAUGUAUAUCUAUACACGAGCAAACACUUAUCGUCGGUCGAUCCUCGAAUGGAGAAAGGGGAGGUGCGCGGUGUCUCCGAAUUCGUCGAGCUGCAAAGGAGGCAGCCGAUCCGAAAUCAAAACGCAUCCGCGUGGCGUUUCGAUGUCAGAACGAUCCGAAAUACCAUUAGCGAGAAUCGUGAAACCCGGCCCCUUUGAUCGAGAUUAUACAAAAGGGGGGAGGGGCCGAUCGUUUAGCGUGUGAUAAAACAUUAAUGUCAAAUGAAACAAAGUAUGUAAGAAAAUAAAAGAAUAGAAAGGGGAGGAUGAUUGGACUGUCGGUGGUGAAACGAAAUGGAAGAGGCAGAAGAAGAAGUAGAAGAAGAAGAAGAAGAAGAAGAAGACGAAGAAGACGAAGAAGAGGAGGAGGAGGAGGAGGAAGAAGAAGAAGAAGAAGAGAAACACACGAUAAAAUAAUGGGGGAUGAUGAUAAAGUUGAACGUAAUACGGUACGCCGCGCACGGCAGGGACGAUCGUUCGCUCUGGUGCGAGCUGUGAAUGAAUCUCUAUCCGUCAACAGUAUUGAUAUAAUUAAUAGAAUAAAUGAAUAUAAAAUAUUGUAAGAGGUAUAUCGUAAGUACGUAUUGUGCAAGCGUAUGAUGCGAGAUAUAGGAAAGAGCGAAAGAAUGUGUGUGUGUGUAUGAGUAUGUGUAUGUGUGUGUGUGUGUAUGAGAGAGAGCGAGAGCGAUGUGAUAUAUCGAAUUGGAUGACGAGAGGGUGUGGGUGUGUAAGAGACCGGAUUAUCUCUUUUUAGAUUCGAAAUGAAUUUUUAAGCGCGGAGCCCGAUCGAACGCCAACGCACAGGCCCUGAUUGCCCCUGCGUACAACAAUCUUUCGAACAUUUUAUCCUUUUUAUUGUUGCUAUUCUUUACCUCGAUGACGAGAAAGUUGAUGAAACGAGAGGGAUGAUGAAAGUGUUCUUUUUUUUUUUUUUUUUUUUUUNUUUUUUUUUUUUUUUUUUUUUUUCGUUUCUCUCCUCGUACGACACGAGACGAAAAAGAUGGCCGUUUUUUAAUUUUCCAAUGUGAACGUUCGAGAGCGAGUCGAGAUCGGUAUAUACGAGACACGUCGUUGUUUCUUUCUUUCUUUGAGAAAAGAAAAAAAAAA